UGAACGGUUGUAGAACGGUGUAACGGUGUGUUUGGUUUUCGAAAUAACGGUAACGAACGAUUUACAAAGAGCUGAAAAGAAAAACAAGUAAAAGUUUAAAAAAUAAAAAUUACCCCAUUAUCUUUUCGCUUGUACAAAGCAACAACCAACAGCCCAACCCACGAAAGAAUUUCAACCAACACAGGAUACUGCAGUACUUUGGGCGUAGAAAACAAAAAAAAAAUUUUUUAUUCUUAAAAGGAGUUUGUCCUAGUAGAAAUAACAAAUCAUAAGAGCAACCUAAAAAUGUCUGUGUCUUCAAAUGCUUCUUCUGCGUCGUCCGUUUCGGGCGUCACCAGCUCCAAUGACCGUCGUUCAUCCUUGGGCCGCACCAAUAGUGAAUCUGGCACAGACUCAUCCGAACUAUCGCACAUUUUGAAUCGACGCCAAAACAUCAUCGAUUCGCAGGAGGCAGGCAUUGAGGUGCCACACAAUUUCAAGGUGGUCAAUGUGUACACGGAAUUUCAUGAGUUUUCGCGUAAACAAAUAAAGGAAUACCAGAAAACAUUUAACACAUAUGAUACUGGACGUGACGGUUAUUUGGAUUUAACCGAGUUAAAGUACAUGAUGGAGAAACUCGGUGCCCCACAGACACAUUUGGGCCUCAAGGAAAUGAUCAAAGAAGUUGAUGAAGAUAACGAUGGAAAAAUUUCUUUCCGAGAAUUCUUGUUAAUCUAUCGUAAAGCUCAGGCUGGAGAAUUGGACAAUGAUUCUGGCCUGAACCAGUUGGCACGCUUGACAGAAAUCUCUGUAGAAGAGGUGGGUGUCAGCGGUGCCAAGAACUUUUUUGAGGCCAAAAUUGAACAACAGUUGCGUACAAAUAAAUUCCAUGACGAAAUUAGACAAGAACAAGAAGAGCGCCGGCGACAGGAGGAGGAGAAGGCCAAUCGGCGUCUUUUGUUUCAACAAAGAGCUGCAAUUUUUCAAUAAAUCUAGAGAGAUAAACAUCGGUGCCACUUCAUUGUAAAGUGCGCCAAAACGAAGGAGUUGCAAUUGAAAAUUAAAUUUUAGUAUGAUUAAAAAACUGAGUACUUUUGCUCACACACACACACACAUUUUAAGCUUUAGCGUUGUCGUAAUUAUUUAGAUAUUUAAAUACCUAGUUUUUAUGUAUAUUUUUGUUUUGUUUAUAUUUUACAAAUUUAACUUAAAAAAAAAAAACAAGUAUAUAAUAGUGUAUGAAUAAAUGUUGGUAUUAAGUUUGCAUUUCACUGCGAAAAUGAAAAUAAAAAUUUUGUAAGCAAUUUUUCUAAACUACCAUUGGAUAUGGUUUUUAAUUAAUGAUGAAUGUUUCUUAUAUGAAACUUUACAGUGAAAAAGGAAGUUAAUGCCAUCAGUAGUGGUGGAAAUCCACUAAUAAAAAGUUUUACACUUGGUCGAAAUCGACUUAACAUAAUAUUCAUACAAAAAACAUGUUUAGGGACAAUCUUCCUGUUUUUUUUUAUAUUUUUUUUUUUUAAUUUUUAUUGAUGUGAUUUGUUUCUAUCACUUUUAUUUGGGCAUAGUUUUAGUACACUUUAGAGCAAAUAGCAAUAAAACUAUCUAAAGAAGAAUUGAGAAUAUAUAUAGUAAAACAAGAAAAAUUAAACAACAAACUCACUCACUCAGUGCAUCAGAAAUUAUCUGUUUUUGUUUUAUCCUGGAUUAAAAGACGUAGCGGCUUAGCGGCAAAAGGAGAUAUACCAUCAAGGCACCCUCAACCUUAUGAGCAAAAACUACCGUUAUUUGCUCAAACCUAGCUAAGAUGUUACGGCUUGAUUUAUGCCAGUCCACGCUACAACAGAAACAGAUCAUAUACCUUCAUACAUAUUUUAAUAAUCAUAAUGUGCUACAUAAUCACUCAUACAACAAUUUACAUUUAUACAACCACCAUUCUCUUGCAUUAUCAUAUAAUACAUUUCCUACGAAAAGUUAAAAUAAAACUAACAAAAACUGAAAAUCAAAGGACCACCAUUUACUCAACGCAAGCGUAAAAUAUAAAGUGCCGUUUACUUCCAUAUGAAUAUUAUGCGAUCUCUGGAUAAAUGGUGGACAUUGGCACUAAAUUAUUAUCAAUUUUAAAUAAAACUAAAAAAAUCUAUCUAUACCUAUAUUCUAUGUUUUAUACACAUUUGCAGUAAGAACAAUUACUUUUCUAAUCGUUAUGCUUCUUUUGUAAUUAUAUCUUUUUCCAACUUCCUUUUUUACCAGUUAUGUUAAGCAUUUAUUGUUUUAUUUUACAAUGAAUGUGCUGCAAAGAACUUUAAUUAGGUUUAUUUUGGAUAAGUGAUCAUCCUGUAUUGUUUUGCUAUAGUAAAAUAUUUGCUCCCGCCAAUAUCUUGGCCUCCUUUUGUAUGCAAUUGUUUGUGAUAAGUUUUUGUUUUGUAAUUUUCUUCCUUAUCGUCGUAUUAAGAAACCGAUUCAGGAAAUAAAAAUUAAGUUUUCCAAAAACUGCACAUCCUAACGGGUCGUUAACAUUUCGAAA